AUGCCGACCUUUUUGGGCCUGGCGGUCUCGAUACACGCCGAUUCCAACCCGCUGCCCGAGUAUUCCAUCCAGAAGCAAUCAAAGUACCACCGUAUCACGUCGUAUAUCCCCGUGCCCCCAGCAAAGAUCCCCCCCGGCGCCACCAAGCCUGAGCAGUCGUCUUUUGCAAUCUCCAUCACCCUGCUCACUCCAGGUCUGCACGUCCCAUACUCGACCCCGAAGCCCACGCCCGAAGAACCCAACCCCAAGCCCAAGAUUGUGGGUGGCCUGCCCGGCCAAACUGGUGAGCGGGGCAAGUACAGUCCCACGAUAGCCCCGUACAAGCCCCUCACCACCUCGCCAAACGAGACCAUCGCCGCGUACAUUUACUUUGACGGAAGGGCAAAGGAGGAGGUUGCGACUCUGCUGCGUCGCGGCGAGGAGACGUGGGUCAAUUCACGGUGGGUCAGCGUACCAGAGUCGGAAGGUGGGGGACUCGCCGAACGCGAGUUUCUCUUCCGCGAGGUCGGGCUCGAGCGAUGGCUCAAUGGCCUUGAUCUCGAAGGCAAGGAUAAAGACGUGGCUGCAAAGAUUGAGCGGAGAAAGCAACGCCUGGAGAAGAAGCGGGCAAAGCGGAGAGAAGCCUUGAACAGUAGCGAUGAAGAAGACAAGAAGCCCUCCACCAACGGCGUGCUGCGCUACAGCGAAAGCCAGGACGCGCCUGUCGAAACACUCUCUGGCAACGACGAAUUCUUCACCACCGACUCUGAUUCUGAAGACGAGCCCCCUAUGCCCGAAGCCGCAGGACAAAUCAAGGUUGCCUUGUUCCGUGUUUUAGCAUCCGGAGAGAUCAAGCGUGGCGAGUACUCACCGCAAUUCGACGCACACGACGACGACGAACAGAACGGCGGAGAGGGUGACGAUGUCGACCACACUACAAGUUUUGCGAAGCCAAAGACACUGGAUCCCAAGUCCAUCAGCACCCAGACUGUGACUGGUAUAGAUCCUCCGGACAAGCCCUACGCCGUCUUCACCUUCUUGUACCGCGGAGAGCGCCAGUUGCGCAAGAUGGGAAUUCUGACCAGCAAGGAGCCGCCCAAGGUCACUUCGCCAGCCGCCAAGCGAAAGUCAGGAACACUCGACUUUGGCAGCCUCAAGCCCCUCAACGCAGAUGCUGGAACAAAGAACUUUGGCGGCUACCGGGAAACAUCCCCAAAAUCCAAGAAAAAGAAUCAAGACGCCAUGGACAGUGACGCAGAUGAUGAAGACGAUGUCAAGCUGGAAGAUGUGGAUGACGACAAAGAUGUCAUUGACAAGGGCCUGCUAUCGCCAGAAGAUGCUUUAAAACAGGGCGAACUUGCAGAGGGUGUGCGUAAGAUCAAGCUCAAACGUCAACACUCUGCCGAGCCGGUGGGUCGUCCCGCAGGUGCUUCAAUUUCAGACGCCUCCGGAUCUCCUCUAUCUGGCACACCAGCGCCCGAUGCUUCCUCUUCAAACGAUGCCUCGAACUCCGCACCUGCAAACUCGUCAGAAAAUAAUUCCUCGAACCCCCUCGCAUCGCCCUUUAAGAAGCAACGCGCCUCAUUACCGGGAUUUGAUGAGAGUGUCCGCAAGAGCCUCGGCCAAGCGUUAAUGGGCGCCCAGAAAGAGCGAGGGAACUCUGAUGGCAACAUUCCUACUAUUGAAUCCAAGAUGGAAGAAGACGAAGAGUUGUAG